AUGGAAAAAGGUGUUCCUUUAUACCCACAAAAGUUAGGGAAUUACUAUCUCGAAGAAAUUGUGGGUCAAGGAAACACUUGUGUUGUUGUUAAGGCUCGCGACAUUCACGAUAACGUUUUCGCAUGUAAAAUCAUAUCAAAGCUUAAAUUUUCUUCUGCCACCAACAUUAAACAUUUCCAAGAUGAGCUUGCAGUAAUGAGAACACUUUCUCAUCCAAAUAUUAUUAAUCUCGUUGAAAUUCUUCAAGAUUCAAAUAAUGUUUAUAUCUUUGAAGAGUAUUGCGAGCUUGGCGAUUUGACAAGGGAAAUUUUACGCUCUAAGUGCAUCGAAGAAGAUCGCGCUGGAUCGAUUAUGACACAAGUUUUUAAAGGAUUAAGUUUUAUGCACCAACAUCAUAUAGCACAUCGUGAUAUUAAGCCAGAAAACAUAUUUGUUUGCUCAAACGGAUUAAUAAAAGUUGCUGACUUUGGCUAUUCGACGCUAAAUUCAGGAACAGAUUAUCGAAGUACAGUUUGCGGAACUUUAAUUUAUAUAGCUCCUGAAAUAUUGAAGCAGACUCCCUACAAUGCAUUAAUCGCUGACGCAUGGAGCUGUGGAGUUUUAUUAUAUGCCAUGGUUUGCGGUUAUUUGCCAUGGGAGAAGAAAUCACAAGCUGGCAUGACAGAAGAAAUCAAGUUCAAGAAAAUUGAAUAUCCAGAAACGAUGUCGCCCGAAUGCAGAUAUUUAAUCGAACAUUUAUGCGACAGAAAUGUCGAUACGAGGUUUUCAAUUGCCCAAGCCAUGGAAUGUGAUUUUAUCAAACGCCACAUGGAAGAAGAAACUCCAACACCGCUUUUUCACGCAGAUCCAACUGGUUUCAGAAACCACCUCUCAAAAAGUGCUCUGAAUUUCGCAAGCCUCAGAGAGGACAGUAUCGUUAAUUUACUAAACAUGGUCAACAGGAAACCUCCAAAAAUCAAUAAGACGGCGAAACCAAAGAUUGUACAACCAAUACUCGAAGUCAGUUCUGCUAUGAAGCUUUCUACACUUGUCAACAAGACAAAGAUCAAAUGCAGAACUACAAAUAUUCAAAAUACUUUUUCAUAUAACCAGGAAACAGGAAAUUUCGAAUUUUAG